AUGGGCAGAGAAACUGCAACCUUCCACCUGGCCGAGAGGCCGAAGGGCGAUAUCAUCCCCGGCCAGACGUUCAAGCUUGAGAAGACGGCGGCGCCCACCGCGUCGGACCUCAAGGAUGGCGAGAUCCUCGUCGAGGCGCUGUACCUUUCGCUGGACCCGGCCAUGCGAGGGUGGUUGAAUGACACGCGCUCCUACGUUCCGCCCGUGGCCAUCGGCGAGAAGAUGCGCGGCGCCGCCAUCAGCCGCGUGUUGGCGAGCAAGAGCGCCAAAGUUAAGGAGGGCGAUAUUGUCAACGCGAGCGUCGGCUGGACCGAGGUCGGCAUCGUCAAUGAGAAGCAGUUCGAGAUCAUCGACUUGCCCGAAGGAAGCAAGAUCACUGAUGGGCUGGGUGUUCUGGGCCUCACCGGCCUAACAGCCUACUUCGGUCUCUCUAAAAUCGGCGUCCCCAAAGCUGGCGAGACCGUAGUCGUCUCCGGCGCCGCGGGCGCCACCGGCAGCGUAGUCGGACAGAUCUGCAAACUCAAGGGUUGCACCGUGGUCGGCAUCGCAGGUUCAGACGACAAGUGCGCCUGGCUCAAGAACGAACUCGGCUUCGACGCCGCCAUCAACUACAAAUCCGCCACUUUCAAAGAAGACCUCGUGAAGGCAACCCCCAAAUUCAUCGACAUUUACUGGGACAACGUGGGCGGGGAGAUCCUCGAACUGUGCCUCAACCGCGCCGCUUUCAGGUCUCGCUUCAUCAUGUGCGGCAGCAUCAGCGGGUACAACAACCCCAACCGGGCGGCAGAAAAGGGGAUCCGGAACUUGUUCCAGGUUACGGUGCAGCGGAUCCGGAUGGAGGGGUUUAUUGUGUUUGACCAUCAUGAAGAGUAUGCGGCGGCUAGGAAGGAGAUCGGGGGGUGGAUGCGGGAGGGGAAAUUGAAGAGGAAAGAGACGGUGGUGAAGGGCGGGAUUGAGGUUGCGGAUAAGGCGAUUCGGGAUUUGUUUGAGGGGAAGAAUACGGGGAAGUUGCUUGUGGAGGUCAAGGCGUAUGAGGAGAGGGUAGAAGGUUCCAAGCUGUGA